AUGAGGUGUCGUGAGGGGAUCUAGUGACUCCUCGACCAAAGUUCAUAGUUGAAACACCACCACCAACUCAACACUCCAGCUUGGUGUCUCGUGUGGUACAGACGCCAGAAGCCCUCUCGUCAGUCCGUUCACAUUCAUUUUGUUUCGGUUACAUUUUUUUGGGUUUUAGUUUUUUGCGUUAUACCCGCAAUCCCACCACUAAACAGCCAUGGACGCCAUCAAGAAGAAGAUGCAGAUGUUGAAGCUCGACAAGGAGAAUGGCAUGGACAGAGCUGAGCAGGCCGAGGGGGACAAGAAAGCAGCCGAGGACAGGAGCAAACAGCUGGACGAUGACCUGCUGGCCCUACAGAAGAAGCUGAAGUCCACCGAGGAUGAGCUGGACAAGUACUCUGAGGCCCUCAAGGACGCCCAGGAGAAACUGGAGCUGGCCGAGACGAAAGCCGCAGACGCUGAGAGUGAUGUGGCCUCCCUGAACAGACGUAUCCAGCUGGUUGAGGAGGAGUUGGACCGCGCCCAGGAGCGUCUGGCCACCGCCCUCACCAAGCUGGAGGAGGCAGAGAAGGCUGCUGAUGAGAGUGAGAGAGGCAUGAAGGUGAUUGAGAACAGGGCUAUGAAGGACGAGGAGAAGAUGGAGCUGCAGGAGAUCCAGCUGAAGGAAGCCAAACACAUCGCUGAGGAGGCCGACCGCAAGUAUGAGGAGGUGGCCCGUAAACUGGUGAUCAUUGAGAGUGAUCUGGAACGUACAGAGGAACGUGCUGAGAUGUCUGAAGGAAAGUGCUCUGAGCUGGAGGAGGAGCUGAAGACCGUUACUAACAACCUGAAGUCCCUGGAGGCUCAGGCGGAGAAGUACUCACAGAAGGAGGACAAGUAUGAGGAGGAGAUCAAGGUCCUGACAGACAAGCUGAAGGAGGCUGAGACCAGAGCUGAGUUUGCUGAGAGAUCCGUGGCCAAGCUUGAGAAGACCAUCGACGACCUUGAGGAUGAGUUGUACGCCCAGAAACUGAAGUACAAGGCCAUCAGCGAGGAGUUGGACCACGCCCUCAACGAUAUGACCUCCAUCUAAAUUGUUUUCGUCCCUUCAUUUCCGGGGCCCCUGGUGGCCGACCCCGGUAAUCCUCCUCCUCCUCUCUCUCCCCUGGGCAGCGUUCUCCAGCUCCCUAUCCCCUCUGUCUCUGCGUCUCUUUGUAGGACACUGGGUACUCUGCUGCCCAGCUCCUUUAGUACAUGUCUUUAACGGCAGUCUGAGCCAUAUCUCUUUCUGUAAAAAUAAACUUUAUUCCAUCUAUGUCCUCCUUAUAUCUUCCCUACAUCGGCCAUUGUCAUUGUUUGUUCUCUGUCUUUGGAAUUUGUCUUUGUUUUAAUUUGUUUGAGAAGCUUUUCGAAUAAACAUCAAUGCUCCUCUAUCAUUCCC